AUGCUCAAGAAGUUGUGGAUCAAGAAGAAGAAGAUUGAGAAGAAGCUUAAGAGCAUACAGAUGUGGAGGAAAAUCUCAAGCAUGAUACCGGUUGCAACUUUCGCAGCCAUUCUAAUCUAUUCUGUCACAACUGCUACGGUGGCUUCUCCGCCAGUUGUUGCUGCCCUAGCAGCUGCAACCGCCAUGGAUGUGAUUGGCAAGUGGAUUGACUCCCUUUGGAGGAAUUGUGAAGAAGCACUGAAGAGACGGGAGGAGGCCGGCAUCUUUGUUGCUCUCAAGGACCUGGAUAAAAUGAGAAUUACGAUUGACCCUUUGGAGGUACAGAUUAAGAGCCUCUUGCAGAAAGCUGAUUUUCCAAUUGAGGCGGGAGCAGAGGCAGUAAAGCUCGGAAUAGCAGACAUUAAGAAGAAGCUGAGAGACUUCAUGAAGGACGCCAAAGGACUGGGAAAAGAUGUCAAUAUGUGCAGCUGCAAUAUCCAGAGAUCAAGGCUAGUGGUGCUUCAGAGGAUUAUAAAGCCUCCUACCAAUUGCAAUGGUGCCCCAAUGUAG